UCAAAAGCGAUCUUUCCAAAUGUCAAAACAUUAGAAACAAAACGAAGCCUCGGAACUUUUCUGUUUGACGAUAAAUCUUCAAGUGAAAACAAAAUUUCAAGUUUGAAUUAGUCGAUUGGGUACAACGAGAAAAAACCCCGGAAUCAAUAUGGAUCAGUUGGCAAUGAGUCCGGGAUUUUCUAUCCCGAGUAUCGGGACGCCCCUGCAUCAACCCGAAGAGGACCAACAGAUUCUGCCACAUGCCUACCAGCAGCAGGCUUCGAUGCCAAACAUGACCCCAAUGGGUGGCCUCAGUUCGUAUGGGAUGCCCUCGAUUGGGAUGGGUACCCCGGGCAAAAGUAUGCACACGUAUGCGCCCAGUUUCGCGGCACCCCAGAGUAUGAUCCAGCCGCAGACCCCGCAAAGCCUUAUGUCCCCAAUGGUGCCGAUGACGGAAACCAAACCAUCGUCCACACCGAGUCAGAACCAGAGCGGCGGAAGUAUCCGGGAUCCGGAUAACAUCGGUAGCGUCAACAUUCACCAAACGAUGGGUCCGGCCACACCGAUGACCCCGAUGACUCCCAGCGAACCGGCUAUCCUUCCGCAGCUGCAGAACAUUGUAUCGACGGUGAAUUUGAGCUGCCGCUUGGAUCUGAAGAAAAUUGCCCUUCACGCCCGUAACGCCGAGUACAAUCCAAAACGUUUUGCGGCCGUAAUUAUGAGAAUUCGAGAACCGCGAACGACGGCACUGAUUUUCUCCUCGGGCAAGAUGGUUUGCACCGGGGCCAAGAGCGAGGAAGAUUCCCGGUUGGCUGCCCGGAAGUAUGCUCGAAUCAUUCAGAAGCUUGGUUUUACGGCAAAAUUCCUGGACUUCAAGGUACAAAACAUGGUCGGCAGUUGUGAUGUUCGGUUUCCGAUUCGUCUGGAGGGCCUGGUGUUGACCCACGGUAAGUUCAGUUCCUACGAGCCAGAACUGUUCCCGGGUUUGAUCUACCGUAUGGUGAAGCCGCGUAUUGUGCUGUUGAUUUUCGUCUCUGGGAAGGUGGUACUGACCGGAGCCAAGGUGCGGCAGGAGAUCUACGAUGCUUUCGACAACAUCUAUCCGAUCCUGAAGAGCUUCAAGAAGCAAUAGUCGGUCGAAAUCGGUUAUAUCUUUUUUUUUGAAUUUUGGAACCAUAGUUUAGUAGACAGAACCGUUUCCGGGAGCUAGAAAACAACGGAGUAAAAUUUUGAUUUUACCAAAAUGAAAGUACACAACAACGUUGAGGAUAGUAAUUAGUAAGUUAAGAUUUUUCACAUGCAUUAUUAUCUACCACGGCUGGACCAGUCAAGGACCGGUGAACUACAUUAUUAAUAAGCAAGCUAGCGUUAAGAUAUUCAUAUCUUCACCUUCGAUGAUGGACAUUUGUACCGGUUAAAAGGAAGGAUCGUAAUAAAGUCAUUUUGAAUUACAGGAUAACUAUUAUUUCGA